UACAUUGAUUGGGCUAAUCGAGUGAGGCCAGCCCUAAUAAAAGCUAUUCAUUUGAAAUCGGGUAAUCGGAUCGGGUUUUGGUCGCUAUUAAUAGGAAGGUCUGCAGAAUUCAGAAACCCUAAAUAGAGAGUUUCGUUCGUCACCAUGACUUUCAAGCGCAGGAAUGGAGGUCGCAACAAACACGGCCGCGGCCACGUCAAGUUCAUUCGAUGCUCCAACUGCGGCAAAUGCUGCCCUAAGGACAAGGCUAUCAAGAGGUUUCUGGUGAGGAACAUUGUUGAACAGGCUGCAGUCAGAGAUGUGCAGGAGGCUUGUGUCUACGAACAAUACACGCUUCCGAAGCUGUAUGUGAAGAUGCAGUAUUGUGUUUCCUGUGCUAUCCACUCUCAUGUUGUGAGGGUUCGAUCCCGCACUGAUAGGAGAAAGCGUGAGCCUCCACAGCGAUUCAUCAGGCGCAGGGAUGAUGCACCAAGGCCUGGUCAGCCUGGUCAAGCCCCACGUCCUGCUGGAGUAGGAGCUCCUGCCCGAGCUUAAAAGAAAAUUCCAAGUUUUUGGGGCUUGUUUGUUCAGUUUUAUGUUGCAAACUUAAAUUCCAUUUGCUGUUUAUUUUUGAAAUUUCAGUUUUGUGUAGGGAUAUUAUAUUCUCUUCUAGUUGUUUGCUUCAGUGGUCGGAGAAAAUUUUCUAUUGUUAUCAUUUGAUGGUUUUGAGGAGAAUGUAACCUGAUAUAUGAUAUAUUUUAGCGUUUUGAAGUACCUCAGUUUGUCUGUGGUGGUAGCAA